AUGCAGCGACUGCGAACCACCUUCAAACGUUCCCGCACACCGACCCCCCAGGACAUGAAGACGCAGAGCAGCCUCGAGGUGCCCAAGCAGGUUCGGUCGGCGUCGUUCGAUGAGAUACAGUUGGAAGCAGCGCGCGGCGCCGGCGCAAGCACACUUCUUGCGGUGCCACAGCAAGGUGCGCGCAGUCGCUCCUUCGAUUCCGCCGGAUCUGACGACUCGGGCACUUAUUUAGAGGUACCACGAUUAUGGUCGCGUCGCCGAUCUGGAAAAGGUACGCCGCCACCAUGUGUGCAUUGUCGACAUAUGGAAACAUGGUUGGCGCGUCGUAGUGAAGAACGAUCAACACCUGAAAGACCGCCAGCUUCUUCGUCCGCUGAAGAUGAUGACGAUGAUGACGAUGACAGUGAGAUUGAGGCCCCAAAAGUUUUGCUCGCUCCUGUUCCGACACCUAAAUCAUUGUUUCUACCAGUACCGCAGUCUCCUCCUCCUUCACCUGGCGCACCGUCUUUUGAACUUCAACCACCUAUCGACGAACCAUCCGUUCUUCCCCAAAGAAGACGUUCUAUAUCACGGCAAGAAGCAUUUUUUGUCGAACCUACGGGCAGUUCCUUAGAAAACGUUCGGGCAUCGGAGCAGGGAGCUAACAAUGAACCGAGGGAUAGCAUAGUUCACGACAUUUAUUUGGCUGUACCUGAAUUGAAGCGAGAUCGUGCUGCGUCUGUAGAUUCAUGUUUUUCGAAAGUAUCUGGUGGCGCGAGAGCUGAAGAAUUAAGUGAAAGUGGCGAAUACUUAACUGUACCGGGAACAAAUUUACGUUCGCGGUCUGUGGAUAUCGUUUUACCGACGGCUGAACAGUCGCGUUAUAAGGCUCUCGCUCUAACAUCAACCCAAGCUCCACCACCAAAUACUUACCAUGUUCCUGAAGCAACUCAACCUGUGUGUAACGUCAAUUACAAUGUUGUCCACAGACGCACAAGCGAGAGUGCUGGCGGCGGAGCGCGUGUGUUGCGUUCCACCCCUGACUGGAGUGAUGCGGCUAUCAGUGGUGAACAUCUCUGGUCUCCUACCUCAGUUUCUGGAGACUGCUGUUAUGUAGGCGAGUCUGAAUGCCAGAAACAUGGGGCGCGGAUGAAAUGUUCAGCAUGCAAGAUUGUGGCCCACACCGCGUGUAUCGACAUACUCAUAGACCGCGUCCAGUUCACCUGCAAACCUACAUUUCGAGAUGUGGGUGUGAGGCAGUACAGAGAACAGACCUUGACACAUCACCAUUGGGUCCACAGGCGCUCCGAGAAGGGCAAGUGCAAAGCUUGCGGCAAGUCAUUCCGGCGCAGAUGCUGCAGCUGGUGCAUGACACCUCAAAGAUCUGUAGACAAGGCUAUAGAAUUAAACGAUGAAAUUAGCGAUCGUUCACUCCAAGGAAAAUUAUCCUUUAGUUCGAAGGAAAUUGUCGCAUUGAGUUGUUCCUGGUGCAAGGAUGCUUACCAUAAUAAAGAGAGUUGUUUUAAUUUACAACGUAUAGGUGAAGAAUGCUCUUUAGGAACACAAUCGAACAUAAUUGUACCUCCAUCAUGGAUAGUAAAGCUGCCAAGAAAAGGAAGCUUUAAGUCCUCUUUAAGGAAAUCGCCAAAAAAGAAGAAUACGGCUAAGAAAAAGGGAAAGGAUUCUAAAAGUGAACAAAAGACUUUUGUAAUUAAACCAAUUCCAACUGCCAAUGUGAAACCCGUACUUGUUUUUAUUAAUCCCAAGAGUGGAGGCAAUCAAGGUGUGAGAUUGCUACAGAAAUUCCAAUGGCUCCUUAAUCCCAGACAAGUUUUCGAUCUAACUCAAGGUGGUCCUGGACCAGGGUUAGAAAUGUUUCGGAAGGUGCACAAUUUGCGAGUGUUGGCUUGUGGAGGCGAUGGUACGGUGGGCUGGGUGCUAAGCGUACUUGACAAAAUUGGUUCAAAACCUGCCGUAGGCGUCCUCCCACUGGGCACCGGGAACGAUCUCGCGCGGGCACUCGGCUGGGGCGGGGGUUACGAAGAUGAGCCAAUAUCUAAAAUCUUAGCCCACAUCGGCGAAAGCGACACCGUAUUAUUGGACCGAUGGCAAUUAAAAGUUGAGCCCAACGAGGCGGUGUCGGGGGAAGACACUAGUAACGCUAAGCCAGAACUGCCACUCAACGUCGUCAACAAUUAUUUUUCGUUUGGCGUUGAUGCACAUAUUGCGCUUGAAUUUCACGAAGCGAGAGAGGCGCAUCCUGAGAAGUUUAACUCUCGGAUCAGAAACAAGCUGUUUUACGGUACUGCGGGCGGAAAGGACCUGAUGCAGCGGAAGUGGAAGGGAUUGGCCGAAUUCGUUACUAUGGAAUGUGACGGCAAAGAUUUCACGCCAGUAUUAAGGGAACAUAAAGUGCAUGCCAUUGUAUUCUUAAACAUUCCAAGCUAUGGUGGUGGGACUCACCCCUGGAACAAGUCUGGAGGCACUGCUGAGCCCUCAACUGAAGAUGGCCUCAUAGAAGUAGUAGGAUUAACAACAUACCAAUUGCCUCUACUGCAAGCUGGUGGCCACGGAACCUGCAUUACACAGUGCAAAACCGCCAAGAUCGUAACGACAAAGGUUAUACCGAUGCAAGUUGAUGGCGAAGCCUGCAGGCUCGCCCCUUCAGUGAUAACUCUCUGCAUACUGAACCAGGCCAUCAUGCUGGCUAAAAAGAAACCAGGCAGAGUUUUAGUGCCCCAAGCAACACCUGAUAAACUUACGCUCACCGUGAAUCUUAUAACGAUGACCGACUACGAACGGCAUCAUUACGAUAAAGAAUUGUUAGCUAAAACAGCGGAGCGGAUCGGUACUUUAGAAGUAAACCCGGCAACCGACUUGGAGCAAAUGCGAACACUUAUUCAAACCAUGAUCAAAGAAUCUCAUACAUACUCAAACCUUGUGGAUUGGUGGUUCGUCGAUUCCGUUACCGCAGAACGCUUCUUCCGUAUCGACAAAGCUCAAGAGAAUCUCCACUACCCGACCGACAUCGGUCACGAAAACAUCUACAUCCUGGACGCGGCGCCGCUGACGCCCGACACCGAGACCACCGCGCACCCCGACACCACCGCGUCUCUCGACCGCACCGGGCCGUCCGUGUCGCUCGACACCACGACCGGUCUCUCGGUGUCGCUGGACAUAUCUCAGAGUGUCGACACACCGAGUGCAGGCGUGUCCUUGGAUGUUCCCGAAUCUCAUGCUAGUGAAUCUGGACUGGCGAGUCCAGGGCGUACAUCGGACGAACCACUUUCACCUCAAACACCAUCUCCAGGAGUCCCUCCGCAUAAAUCCGUCCUUUCCUCAAAAACAUCCCCACAACUUCCUACUCAUUCUCCUCCUCUGUGCACUAGCCCUCCAGUCAAAGAGUUACAGCCCAGUCGAGAUUCCAUUGCACGUUUCAAAACCGUUCAUGAAAAACUGUUUGGAUUUGAACAAGAAGUGUUUGGCUGUAGAAAUUUACUAGAGAAAACAACGGACGCGCUUCUCAAAGCGGCUAAAGUUGGCGACUUGAAAAUGAUGAAAGAAUUACACAGCGCCGGUUACUCACUGCUCUCGAUCGACGCGAGCGGGCAGACGGCGCUGCACGUGGCCGCGCGGUACGGGAACAAGGAAAUCGUGAAGUACCUGAUAGCGAGUGCACCAAGCGCGCUGCUCGACAUGCGCGACAACGAGCGCGGGCAGACGGCGCUGCACAAGGCGGCGGCGCACAAGCGGCGCGCCAUCUGCUGCAUGCUGGUCGCGGGCGGCGCGUCGCUGUCGCGCGCCGACCGCUCCGGCCUCACGCCGCGCCACCUCGCGCUGCGCGCCGACGACCACGACCUCGCCGCCUACUUGGAGAGUCAAGAACACUUCCAACUUGCAUCAGAAGAUAUAGAAACGGCCGUAUGAAAUCAAUGAUUGUAAUUCUUCAAUUAGCCGCAAAGAAAUUACGAAGACUGCGCUCAGAGCGCCUAAUCGAAUCGGCUUUAUAUUUAAAUAAAUUGUACUCAAACACCAAAGUGAUAUUGAGAAUUUAAAUCACUGCUUCACUUGUAGUAUUUCUAUUAAAGUGAUCUAGUUUUACUUGGAAAUAAAUAAAUUUGGUCGACUACUUUAUUAUAAGAAUUUAUGAAACUCAUCCAUAUUAGUAUAAUUUUAAAAGAUUUAAUAUCAUUAUGAUAUAGUCACAAUAUAGAUUUGUACUAAUUAUUUAAAAUUGCACCAUAAUCGAAAUAUAUAGUGAAUUUUCAAACAGAACCACAAACAUUUUAUAUAAACAAAACUACUUUUAUUUUUAUACUCAUUGUAUGUUUUUUCUCUAAAAGGUAAUCAGAAGUAGCACAUAGUAUACCUAACCCGUAGUAUUUAAAAUUUAAUAAGAUUGAUUAGACGUCAUUAAUCUUAGACGUAUCAUUAAAAAAUAUAUUAAUUUAAUAUUAUCUAAGACGUCUAAUGCCUGUAAAAUAAACCUAAUCGAAAUUUUACGUAAUUUUAAUUAAAAGAUGAACACGUUUAUUUAAAGGUAUAUUCACUUUUAUUCUUAAAAAUUAUUAUAGAGAUGUAACAGUCUUUGUUUAAAUAAUUAAUCGAUUUGAAUAUUUGUCUCGAAAUAUUUAGUAGUUAACUGCUUAAAAUUUUACUUCGAAUAUUAUAUACGAGUUUAGUUGAGUGUUUCUGUACUGACAUCGUAUGUAAAUAAAAACUACAUUACAAAUCAAUUACACAUAGAUCUGUCUAAAUUAGUAGUAACAUAAUUAUGUAAUUAAUUGUAAUCACGAAUUAAGCGAGCCUUAUAACUUAAUAACAUUUUACGAAUUAUUGCGUUGUAACUUAUCAAAGAUAAUUGCUACCUACUCGUGGCAAAAAUAAGGCCUAUUAGUAUCGUGUUUCCCGCGUGUCACGUAUUUAUCGCUCUUACAAUCAUAAUUAUACGAUAUCAUUCUAUUCUGA